CGACGUUGCUUUGCGUCGGACGUGUAGCGCUACGACGCUACGACUCGGAACUCGGGCCUAGUCGGGACCGACUCGCACCGACUUAGUGUAGUGACUAAACUGUGACCGUGUUUGUGUAUAUUCUAUAUAAUUCUCGUGUUCAAUUAAUGUUUUCCCGAUAAUUAUAAUUGAUUCGUUUAAAAGAUGAAAACCAACAAGCCUUAAAUAAAAUGAAAGGUACACAAAACCGAACUCUCAAACCUCGGACUCAGUGAAGUGCCAGUGACAAUCGAGCAUGAGGUGAUAAGUGCCAAAUACAAAAUGGCGAUGGUAAUAUCGCAGACGACGAAGGCUGCUAUUGGUGGGUUCCUGGCUCUCAUGAUCUUGGGAGCCGUUCUUGUGGUUGGUGCAGCUGUGGGCUGGUUCGACCCGAAGAGAGAAGAUGAGGACACGCCCGCUAAAGUCAGUGCUAGACUGCAAGGCAGAACUUCUUUUGUUACACAUCGCGCUGUAAACCCAGAUGAGAACCGACUGGCUGUCGUGUCACACACAUCGCCAUUUUUCAUUGGUGACAAAGGCGAGAAAGGAGAAAACGCUCUUGGACAAUGCAGAUGCAGCUUCAACGAUAUCUCACAAAUCUUGGAGGUGAUGCCAGAAUUGAAAGGUCCCCCUGGACCUCAGGGACCUACGGGAGCUGAUGGAACCACUGGCGCUCCUGGAAAAACGGGUCAAAUGGGUGAAGCAGGCCCGCCCGGACCUGUGGGGCCUAAAGGUGAUAGAGGAGAGAGGGGUGAGACUGGAACACCAGGCCCUGAAGGUCAGUUAGGGCCUAAAGGGGACCCUGGUGCAGAUGGGUCCCCUGGACUGCAAGGGCCUCCGGGCCCACCGGGUCCACCGGGGCCUAUUACAUCAGCUUUAAUAGAAUCAACUGGAUUAUACGGGUCCAGUAAUCCUGGGGUUCUUGGACCUCCUGGAGAGAGGGGCCCAAUGGGCCUCCCGGGUCCUCAAGGAGAAAGAGGAUAUCAAGGGAAUAAGGGCGAGAGAGGAUUACACGGCCCUAAGGGUGACAAAGGCGAGAGGGGCUAUGUGGGCCUGAGAGGGCCACAUGGCGCGAAGGGAGAGCGGGGCCAACCCGGCCGCGAUGGUACUCCGGGCCUGCCGGGCCCACACGGACGCCCCGCCGAAAAAGGGGAAAAAGGUGCUCGAGGUCUGCCGGGCCCCCCGGGUCCAGCCGUCUCCGCUGUAUCUGAAAACGCUAUCUCAACUGACGUCACAAGAACUGAAGCUGCUCUCUUGAAAGGAGGAAAAGGCGACACAGGGGAAAAAGGAGACAAGGGUGAAAAGGGCCUCAGAGGCAUGGAAGGUCCCCAAGGAUUUCCUGGCACUGAUGGAAAGCCAGGUGAACGAGGGGAUAUCGGUCCAUCUGGCCUUCCUGGUACUCAAGGACCUCCGGGCUUGAUUGGUCCUAAGGGAGACAAAGGUGACGCGGGCCCACCAGGGCCUGUCGCCAUAUCGAGAGACGAAGCAUUAGUUUUGACAAAGGGUGAUAAAGGGGAAUCAGGUCCAAGAGGCAAAAGAGGACAUCCGGGACCUCCCGGACCCAGAGGACCUCCGGGCGUACCCGGGCCACCAGGGACUCCGGGCAACAAUGGAGUAUCUGGUGAUAUAGGACUACCCGGAUGGACGGGUCCACCGGGCGCCGCUGGGCAGCCAGGUGCUCCCGGACCGAAAGGGGAGAAAGGAGAUCCUGGUGGUGCACCACUUGACUUAGAAAAGGUAAAAGGGGAGAAAGGCGAUCGAGGGUACGAUGGCGCGCCAGGUCCGCCUGGUAAGGAUGGGCCCAGAGGCCCUCCGGGUCCCCCGGGAACACCGGCCACUAACAUCCAAUACAUGACCGUACCGGGGCCCCCGGGACCGCCCGGGCCGCCCGGACCCCCCGGUGUUUAUCCCAACGAAGUGCCAGAUACAUUGACCGAUAGCCCCGGGAUUAAUCGUCUCGAGCCUACAGGAGGAAAACAACGCGAUCCACUACAAAUUAUAAGAAACUUGAACCAUCUUGUACAAUACCGGCAGGAACCUUUUGCAUACCGUGAUCCUUUGGAUCCGUUGGGUGAUAAUGCAGAUUUCGAAGACGAUGAAGACGGAAGAGCUAUCGUUGGGACUAUACUAUUUAAAACUACAGAUUCAUUGAUACGUCUCGGCACAAACAGCCCCCUGGGCACGUUGGCGUACGUCAUUCAAGAACAAGCGUUACUUGUCCGUGUCAACAAUGGCUGGCAGUACGUAGCUAUGGGGUCAUUGUUAGCUAUCCAUACGCCGCCUGCCGGAGGACCGACACGGUCACCUCUGCAGAAUAUUCUGGAAACUUCCAGCUUAGUGCAUCACAAGAAUCCUGCUAUAGAAGGACCUGUGUUGCGAUUAGCAGCUCUCAACGAGCCUCAUACUGGUGACAUGCAUGGAGUUAGCAGUAGCAACUAUGAGUGCCGAAGACAAUCUCAAAGAGCCAAUAUGGAUGGUACUUUUAGGGCUUUCAUAUCGUCGAGGGUCCAAACGAUAGACUCCAUUGUAAGUUGGGUGGACAGAGAGAUACCAGUGGUGAACACCAGGGGAGAUGUACUGUUCAACUCCUGGGGCGAAAUGUUCGAUGGGUCUGGAGCCCUCUUCGCCCAUGCACCCAGGAUCUACAGCUUCAGCGGACAAAACGUCCUUAUGGAUCCUGGAUGGCCUACUAAAGCCGUGUGGCACGGCGCUAAUCCUAAUGGUGAGCCAGCAAUGGACGCAUACUGCGAUGCCUGGCACAGCAGUAGUCCGGACAAGUUCGGGCUCGCGUCAUCGCUUCGCUCCAAUAAGCUUUUAGACCAAGAAACAUAUUCGUGCAGUAGUAGACUAAUAGUGUUAUGUGUGGAAGCAACGCCAGUAGAUACAGUUAGAAGAAAAAAACGAUCUAAGUACCACAACGUGUCAGAAAAAUUGCAAUUUUUAAACGAUAUCGAAGAAAGAAACGAAACUAGGCGAAAAUUAUAGACAUUGACUAGCUAUUUUUACUAGACAUUAAGAGAAUUUUGUGAAGACUGUAAAUAAAUUGUAUGUAGAUAAAUACGUUUUCGUAAAGCAAUGAUUCCGGUGGAACAUAUCGACAAUAUUUACUGAAAUAAAUAAACGAUGCUGUAAAUGGUUUCUCUAAAAGCAGUGGUGCGAUGUAAUUCCGAACUCGUGUACGGCAGAAAAUAUUUCAACCCUUUUUUUGCUUUUCGAUUGACAUUUUAUUCAUUUCUGUUCCGUUUAUAAGUAGAAAUUACAAGAUACCUUCGUAAAAACUGAAAUUAUUGACGUUCAUAAUUAAUUUACCUACAAAAAGUAAAAGUUGCGACAAGGUCAAACAAAAGCCUAUCUGGCUGGAACAAAACAAAACGUCUUGAGCAAAUGACAAGAAAAGACAGCCGUAUUUAUUUAUGUUGAAAUAAAAUGCCAAGUUUUUGUUCUUAAAUCAUAUUUUCCCUUGAAAAUAUUACGUUCAAAGAACUUGUCAAAAAGGUCUUCGUUCUGGCAAAAAUUCUCGGCGCAAACUUUUUGUAGUUAAAAUUCUAAAAUGCUUUGUUCUAUAAGUAGGUCGAAUGUUUCUUAUAUUAUUUUCUAGCUCGUCAUUAUAAUGUGCUCAAAGUAUAACUGUCUAUAUGAUAAACGCCAAUACUAUCGUUAUCACUGAAUUUAGAAAAAGCGUGAAUUACUUUUAUGAGUUACAUUUCCGUAUAUUUGUAAAUAGCAAAUUUUAAUCACUGUAUGUAAUAAUUUAUUAUUGUAAAUAACUUUCUAUACUUCUAAUUAGUUCAGCUAAGAGCGAGUGCUUUUAUUUUAAGCAAUUUUAAAAUUAUAAUUGUUUCGACGUUGACAUUGUAUGAAAAAAAUAAUUCUAAAUGUAUUAUUUCUAAAUUAAUACGUUCUACGGCCUCCAUCUUUGAAGCCUAAUUAUUAAUUAUAAAUGUAAUUAAAAUGGAAUGUUAAUAUUAAAAUAGCUACAAUUAGUGUUGUAUUUUCUCUGUAUAUAUUUAUUGUAUAUUUAUAUUGGGACUGUUCUCAUACUAUGUUUUUAGUGUUUGUAAAUAUAAUUAUAACUAUUCCCUAAGAUCCGUCCGUCAAAUAAUAUCAAAAUUGACGAGUAAAAAAUCCUACAAAAUUAUGGAAAUUUCCUUCGUGCUUGCUCCCAAUUAUGAACCAAUAUAAAAAUGUUAUUUGACCAAAAUAAGGCAUCCUCAAACCACAUAUCAUUUUACCCAAUAUUUUGUACAAAGUUAUACUUUUGUAUUUUAACUUUCGGAUGCCAUUGCCAACGAGAAGCCAGUGUAGCGUGAGAACAGUCUACCUGUGAUAAGUCAAUAUAAAAUAAAUGUCGACUCUAUUGUUUAGCGGGUAAAGUUUAUUUUACUUUAAUUCAUAGACGCAUCAAUUGUAAGUGUCAAGUGAAAUGAUAUAACUAAUAAUCGUAAGGACCUUGUAAUUUUUCAUUGUUAAAAAAAAGAACGAAUGCUAGGUAAAAUUUUAUUGUACUUAAUAAGUACAGAUUGUUUUGAAAAUAAAAAGAAGGUUUUUUAUUAA